AGUAAACUUAAUUUCAUAAACGUGAUCCACUUAUAUGUAAAGCUGCCAGCAACUCAAGCGUGUUGAAUCCUGGCUGUCUGUUGUAGACUGAUUGACACCACGGUCCGAAGAUGAAAUUUCAGGCGGUCUCUGGGCCCCUUGUCAUAGUAUUAUGCAUCUUUUCAUUCCUCUUUGGACGCUUCACUCAACAGGGCUCGCAGCUGCCGGAGCCCCAGGCCGUGACGCUCGCUGGCACUGCCCGGAAGUUAGGCUCCGCGGACUCCUCCAUAGCCUCCAUCCACACACAGCAGCAGACCGCCGCGGUGUCACCCGUUGCGCUCCUGCCCCAGCCUAAGGUCAGCAUCAACCCUCUCGACCCCGCCCAGCUGCAAAACUGGGUCCUCGACAGCACUGGACUCCUCAACGUGCGGCCCCCUUUGCCAGCCGCGGAGUCAGGCUCCGAUGUGACGUACAUCAUUCCCUUCCAGAUUCUGUCAUGGUACCCCCGCAUCGUGGUAUUCCCCGGCUUCAUCGACAAGGCCCGCUGCGACUACAUCAUCAAGCUCGCAUCCAAGCUCAUGUACCCCUCAGGCCUGGCGUACAGGCCAGGUGAGGCGGUGGACGCCAGCCAGCAGACGCGCACCAGCACCGGCACCUUCCUGUCCUCCGGCAUGGACCCGGAGGGCGUGCUGGCGUGGGCGGAGCAGCGCAUCGCCGCAGCCACACUGCUGCCCGCGGACAACGGAGAGGCCUUCAACGUGCUGCACUACCAGAACAGCCAGCACUACGACUCGCACAUGGACACCUUCGACCCCAAGGACUUUGGCCCGCAGCCCAGCCAGCGCAUCGCCACCGUGCUGCUCUACCUCAGCGAGCCGGAGGAGGGCGGGGAGACGGUGUUCAAGCGGGAGGGAGUGGACGGCGCCGAUCGGCCCAUCCAGGAUUGGCGCAACUGCGACGACGGCUCCUUCAAGUACAAGCCGCGGCUGGGCGAUGCGGUGCUGUUCUGGAGCGUGCUGCCCAACGGCGAGAUCGACCCGCAUGCACUGCACGGCAGCUGCCCCGUCAAGAAGGGCGAGAAGUGGGCAGCGACCAAGUGGAUUCGGUCGCGUGGGGCGCAGGGGUACUAGGGGUAGGGCAGGGACACGAACGAGGCGUGUAAAUGGCGCUGGGUGCUUUACUGGUUGUGGGCUUGUGGCAUUGUUGGUGCGUGGACUUGGAGGCCGGGGAGAGGCACAUGGACAACGUAUGUGUACGCAUGGAGGAGGAAGACUACUCCUUCCCUGUUAGUGCGCUGGCGUGGGCGUCAGGGCGGCAGGGACAGGGCAUUACCGGUGGUGUGUUGCCUAAAUGGCUAAUGAAAGGGCGUGAAGGCAGGAGCUUGCGCGUGAUUGCAGGUUAAGGAGACUGACCGCGCGUAGGAACGUAUCGUGAUUUCCGGAAUUAUGUUGAAGGAAGACUGGUUGCGAAAGUAUGUAUUUGUGUCGAUGUGAUGUCCCGGGCUAUCUAAUCACAGCAAGACGUGUAGGAGUGGGGCGCGCACGGCAGCAGAAGGGCAGCGUGUCGAUUUGGGAAGGGUACGAACGGCAGCUGGCGGUGGGGUCACGGAUGCCGUCAGUUUGCACACUCUCCUUCAUCAUAGUGAUGGUGGUUUUAUUGUAGUGGUAGUGGUUUGACACUUUCACGGCCCUGUUGGGUGAGGUGAAGCCUUGAGGGUAGGAUCGGGGGCUACCUCCUCCUGCUCCUAACCCAUUGUCCAUAUGCGUACGGUUUCCCGCUCCAGCUGCGAUGGUGGUCCGCUUGACUUCCGUCCUAGUGCCCCGAGGUGGCGCCCAAUGAGUAUCCUGAUGACGUGGAGGGGCUAGGUCAGGCGCUCGUGGUGUUUCAUGGUGGCGGCUGUCACGAAUUCGAGGUUGCCAAGAUGAUAAUGAUGAUAUACAGCUUGAUGCUCCUAAGGGCAUUUGAUCUUUUUUGCCUAGUCGUAUUCGAAGUUGGCCUACUAGGGUCUUGCCAAUGCAAGAGAUGCCCCAGGUGGUUUUCGCAGCUGUGGGAUUGAAUGGCCUGGUCGGAACCUUUAGGGCCUUUUUGAGCCUUUUCUCUUCUGCUGCCCGUCGAUUGAAGCUGAUUGAAAAGCACACAUUCAGUAAAUACCCGGUGCUUGACCUGGUAAUUGGCAUUGCUAAGAGGGAACUCGGGCAAGGGGGCGCAUCCUGUGUUUGGGGAUCAGUAUGAGUAAGUGUCGCGCAUAGAUCUCCCUUUAGCCAUUACGAAACUGCUCGACAAGUGUCCCGCCGUUCUAAUACGCAAUGUUUUGUUGCAGGGUAGCGGACUGGGGGCCCAAUGUCAACGUUGCAUGCGGACUUACGCCUCGUUUAAUGUCACUUGAGCAUAGUAUUUUCAAUAUUAGAAUCUUCUUACGUCCGAUCUACCUUGCCUAAACUACCAGCAGCAGAGUAUAGGGGAAAAAGGGAUGGUCAGAGUAUAGGGGCGCUGUACCGGAUGGUCACGGUAUCGUACGGACGUACCUACAGUAUGCAGUAAGCGGGCGGGCUGGUUACAUGUCUGUGUCCGUCUAUUGUUCCGUAAGACGUACCUUUCUAUCACUUCUUGUCACCAGUCAUGGUUUGUGGCAUUCAGCCAGGACGGUGUAGAUAAUGUUGGCCCCCAGAGGGCUACUAGGACGUUACAUGAAUACCUGGAAGUGGAUUGCAAUCUAUCCAUUGCUCUUUGCUUGCUUGGUUUUCAAGAUAGUUGACGCGGGCACUAACGAAAGCUUAACGUUCACUCUUGCGAGCGAGGAUGGCUUUUACUACCCGGUUCUCGAGAGGUACUUGGAUACUUCCAAUUACUCGCGCAUUGUAUGGAGCGCUCAAGAGCUGCGUUCGCUUCCCCUCUUCAAUGCCACAACAAAAAGCAUACCAGUGACCAGUACAUACUCUGUUAUUAGUGGCUCCUUUUUCAGCAUUUUCUUAACAGAUCAAGUCCAGCUAUGGAAAGGGGAGAAUGAUACUAUUACUACUCCUGCAUGGUUUGACGUCCGCGAUGGCGGCGAGUUGCUACUUGUUGGAUUCUCCCUAAACUGGUCUCCACAGGUUGGAGCACAGUUUAAGACAUCCACCCUUAUGCAGCUGCUGUACGCGCGCCUUAGUCUCUACGUCAGGUUGUCCGGAAGCGGCAAGUUGCAGCUGCUGCGUACAACCAUUGAGGGCUUAACAUGCGACGGCCUGGAGAGGUUGAACGACAACCUCACAAUUCUGGCGAGCCAUCCCAACUUGACACAAUGGGUCCAGCCUGUUAUGCGGUACACCUUUCCCUACCUCUUUAUCAAGUACGGCAGGCUGGGGCCGAUCUGGGUCGAAGACCUCACAGUGACGUGCGCGGCGAACGCGGACCUCAGCCCCGCGGCAUGUCCUCCGGCUGUGCCCAACGUGUACAACGUCAGCAGCCAGGAGGACAUCCUCACUGCUCUUCAGGCGGUGGGAGCCACAAACGUGCGCACCUGCGUUACCCAGCGCACCAUUCUUCACCUCGUCUCAGAUAUCACCCUUAAUCCCUAUACCUGGCCUUGGGAGUCCCUGGGCGUGUACAUUACCUCAAACGUCACGUUUGAGGGGCAACUCGGCGCAAACACCGUGCUGGACUUUGGACUGGGGCUGAACCUGUUCAAACUGCGCGCAGCUGCAUACGUACAGAUCCGAAACCUGGUGAUAGCGAACCUACCGCUUGCGCCCGCGUCAGGCUACGCGGUCCCCAUGUGGGCCUUCCAGUACGUUCGGCGGCUGGUACCCGUGGACGAGGGCCGCGUGCACCUUGUGAACACGAAGGCCGUCAUCACUCCGGACGAGUUCGUACAGGUGCAGUACUGGUCGUACAUCAUCGGCAGUCCCACGCGCAUCAUUGCUGCGCUGGGUGGCUGGCAGAGGCUGAUCCAGAACAUCACGACGGGAGUGUCCGAUUCAGACUCUGUUACGUUUUUGAGGCUAUGCGCCAUGGGUAUAACCGGGGAGAACCUGAGCCUGACGACCCAUGCGGACAAUGUACAGUCGAUGCGCAAUGAAACGGGCGUCAUGCAGAUCAUUGACCUCAUCAAGAGUGAACCGCCGUUCGUUGUUGCGCCCUACACAGCUGCGCAAUUGAGGCGACUCGUGUGUGCCCCAGACUACCUACUCACACGCUUUGCGGAGCAGGACGGCAUGACAAAUGGCAACAGCACGCCUAUCGUGUUGCUCCUUCAAAACAACAUAACCCUAGACCGCGCAGUAUGGCCAGCGGCAGGGUGCAAAGUGCAGCGUAAAGUUACGAUUCAGGGGAAACCCUUUGCGGAUAUCUGGCUGGAUUUCGGCGGUGGUUCAUCCUUCUUCUCAGCAGUCGGUAACGGGCGUUUGGGCUUUAAGUAUCUCACACUUCGGAACGAGAGCUGGCUCGCGGGUUACAAUGCAACCGUGGCGACAACGGUGUCGCCAUUGACUUUCAUGCAGCUUGGUCUGUGGCCGGUUUCAUUUGACAGAACGUCCUUGACCCGUGUGCAAGUGACGUCCGUCACGUUGCUCAUCUCCCGGCCUGAGCUUGAUGUGUUGCUGGCUUGCGCGAACACGUACGCAACAAACAGCUCCGAAGUGAGCACAAACACGGCAGUGCUGGAUGUCCUGAAGCCGGAGACGUGUGCCCAGCUGUUCCCAUCCGACACUGUGUGGGCCAACACUAGCGGAGAGGCCGUCGGCAUCCAGGUGUCUAGCAUGCACCUCAGUGCUUUUGAUGCAACUGAUUUGCUGUUGAGCGUGGACCCAUGGGUCACAAGACCUGACCUGCUGCAGAUGUUGGCGGCGUCCCCAAGCGCCCACUCUGCCACCAGCGGAAAGCACUCGGGUGCCAAUGGAAAGGCCGCCAUUGGCGGGGCAAUCGGUGGGGCCGCUGUCUGCUUGCUGCUCGCCCUUGGAGCUGUGUUGUACUGUACCCAUCGCCACCGUCGCCUUCACAAGCAUGAGGAACAGCUUCGUGGAUUGCAAGCCAAGCAGACCACCCAUCUUCUGGAGCUCAGCAAAACCAAUCCGCUGGCACAGGUGAUUCUUGACCACCUGGCAGGGAAGGACCCAGGGGUCGCCCAUCUGGUGCUGAGCAGCGAUGCAAAAGGCGGCAGCAGUGAGUGUGGCCAAGGUGUGUUGUAUACACCUUUCACAGCUGCUGGUGCUCAGGGCCAGGUUGUGAAGAGCACCUGUGGAGACUGUAGCACUGGUGGCGGAGAAGCCACGACGAGUGGUGCAGCGGUUGGUAACACCACGUCACGGACAACACCGCCUGAUGCCCAGAUGAGCGUUGCUGCUACGGACUUGGUGGAGCUGUUCAAGCACUUGACCAUUUUGGGGCUGGGAAACAUGGCUGCUAAAGCUGGCGGCAGCGUUGUGAGGAACUCCAUGGGCUCCGACGGCUGCAGAGUUGAAGUCACUCCACAGCGAUCCUCAGACGACUUGGAUGGCAGCAAUCCGAAUGGUGUAGUGACGAUUGCAGUGAAGCCGGAACACAUGAGUGGUGAUGGCGACAAAGAAGCACCUGGAGGCGACAGGAGCACGCAGGAAGGGACGUCGUCUGGCCUGCUGGGCUUCUUACGAGUCAUGGGGCGGAGGCUGUGGUGCUCCUCGAGUGCCAGCUCACCACUGCCAACCGCAGCAAGCCUUGGACAUGGUGGCACUGAUGCACAGGUCACCAGGGGGCAUGACAUCGAGCCUCAAGGUGCCAGCGACGGGGCCCGCGCUGAAAGCGCCGGCGAAGGUGCUAAACACCCUGUGGACAGGGAUGGCUGUGCCGCUGAUGCAGGCAAGAAAGCUAGCAGCGACAGGCCAGCUCGCUGCGAGGGUGAAGGUGCUGACAAAGCUCACAGCCGCGGGUCCUCACACGGUGCCAGCCGUGACAUGGAGGGUGCAGAUGUCAAAGCUGCAGCAGGGAAGGAUACAGCAGUCACUGCUGCUGUGCCAACACUGCCUCAGGGCUUGCAGGAGCACGUGACACAGAGCCCAGUGUUGGAGGAGCUGCUGAGGCUGAGCGUGGAUCUGGCGGGGGAGAUCGAUGAUAACCAGCUGAUUGUGACGGAGGUGGUGGCCUGCGGCGGUUUUGGCACUGUGUACAAGGGCAUGUGGCACAACCUGCCUGUGGCGGUGAAGGUCGUAUUGUUCUCAACGGCCUCUGUGAACCGCCGAAUAGCUCUCCAGGAGGCUGCCCUGUCCAAAUCCAUCAGUCACCCCAACAUCAUUGCCACGUACGCUGUGGACGUGAAGCCCAUGACGGUGCUGCGCUGUGAAGGCAGCACCUGUCCCAACACCAGCAGCGGCUGCACCGCAGAGGGCAAGACCAAGAGCCUUGCAGAGAUCCAGGAAUGGCGGCUGUACAUCAUCCAGGAGUUUGCGGAUGGAGGCACACUGCGUCGGAUGCUGGACAGGGGGGCUUUCCACGACCUGGCCACCGGCCUGCCGCGCCUGGAUAUGCUACUGGAUGUGGCUCAAGGGGUGGCUGCGGCUCUGGCGCACCUGCACUGCAAGAACGUGGUGCAUGGAGAUCUCAAUCCCAAGAACGUCCUCCUCAAGAAAGUCCCUGCGGCGCUCGCUGCCCGAGCCUCUGCCGCAGGCUGGGGACGGCCCGGCGGCUUCCCUGCCAACUACCCCGGCCAACCGCGUCCCAGCAACCAGCACCCGCAGCAUCCACAGCACCAAGCAGCCGCUGCACUCGCUGCCGCCUCCUGCUACGGCAGUUACCCUCUCGCCGGGUGCUGCGGCUUUGCAGUCAAGGUUGCUGACUUUGGGCUGAGUGUGAAGAUGGAGCACAGCCAUAUGAGCGGCAUGCGGCAAGGAACCCCGUUUUAUGCAUCUCCGGAGCUAGCGCAACAGGGCAUCAUGUCGCGCGCUGCCGACACGUACGCGUUUGGCGUGCUGCUGUGGGAGCUGUACUGGGGGCGGCCGAUCUGGGUGCCCGACUCCUGGGCGGCCUGCGGCUAUGUGCAGCACCAGGACUUCCCGCUGCUGCCGCCCGACUGCCCCACCGACUACGCGGCGCUCACUGCCGCCUGCCUGCAGGCCAACCACCUGCGGCGACCUGGCUUUGAGGAGGUGAUGGCGCGGCUGGGCAACCUGGCGCAACAGCUGAUUGCGGCGUCCCUACCCAUUGGCAACGCGGUCCCCGCCAGACCCUCGAUGGUGCCCAUGCCUGCAACGCCGCACGUGUCGCAGCCGAUGGCCCAGAUGCCGCCAGCAAUGCUGCGACCCACGGGUCAGGAGGCCAUGGCACAAGGCGGCCAGGACCGGCCAGGGGCAGCAGCCCAUGCGGUUACUGCCGCUGCCAUCAAUUCUGCACAGGUGGAGGCGGCAGGGGCUGCGGGGCAGGUGCCAGUGCUCUCGCCGCCGUUGCCACAACCCAAGGAGACUAAACCCAAUCCCUUAUGAUGCCGCAAACUUCGAUACAGGAGGAACUGUGUGAUAGUAGCUCCCACAAAAGGCGAAUAGCGGUCUAGUUGGGAUGUCCUUACUUAUGACCUUUCUGCCAGUUACAAAUUGUGCUUAAGUUGGGUUGUAUUUAAAUUACUUAAUAGAUUCUAAUUGGCAACCAUUACAGGUGAUCCAGGGAACCGCAUAUACGCGACUUAGGACAUGAGUGCCGGGGUUUGACGGCUGUUUUCUUUUUGAGUGUGUGAAGGGCUGUAUGGAAGCGUAGCCCAGUGCCGUACCCUUACAGUGGCUACCGUGUUGCAGUGCGGAGGUGUGUCUUAGUCGUAUUAUCGCGCGUGUUAAUAUGUCCCUUUCUGGAUUUGACAGAUGCGUUUGCUGUGGCUGGGCGGCACCGCUUAUCGAACAUUGUCGGGGUUCUGGUGCCUGUCGGCUAGGCGCUUACGAAGGGUUCGGCGCCAUGACAUGCGCCUAAGGGACACAAUGAAACACAAUGAUGCUUUGUCGUAUGGUUUGUGGUUGGUUUGUUACUAAAUGGGUAAACGUCGCAGUGCCGUUGAAGUACCGUUUCACAUAAUCAAUGCGUAAUGUGUGCGUAUGUGGUAUAGCAUAUGGGUCAACCCGAAAAAAAGUACUCGGAAUGUGUACAUCGCAGGGAAGACAACAUCUUCCGUUAAGGGUUCAGAACACCCCGUUGCUGACAAUUCCUGUUGUUACUUUCCGUUGGCGAGUGUUCCUUGACCCAUUCUUGGCGGGUUUCAUACCACAUGAUACUACACGAAGUUGAGUGCGUUGAUAGGACUAAGUACCGUACGUGCAUGUGGGCUUGUGCGUUAUGUUCCCUGGACCUCGAAACUGAAAGGUGCCUUGCCUGGAUUUGUAAUAUGAAAAUGGGCC